AUGACUGCUUAAUGCGAAGUAGCAACUCAAUCCCAUAAUCAUUGGUUUUUAGGUAGAACACAGUGUCUGCUGGCGUUUGAAAUGCAGAGUUGAAAGCCACGCCGUGAGUAGAAGCCAGUCCUGUCCUUACGUGCUUGACCUGCUCACUCAAGAUGGGGUCAUGGGAGUGGCAACCUCAUAGGGCUGUUAGAGUGCAGGUCCUCUCCCAUCGCCUCAAGCGCCCACUUUGAGGCCCUCUGUAUGAGUGACAAGCCAGUCUGCCAUGGAACCUAGCCCUGCCCUGGCCUGGCUCCUGCUGCUGAGCCUGCUGGCCGACUGUCUGAAAGCUGCUCAAUCCCGAGACUUCACCGUGAAAGACAUCAUCUACCUCCACCCUUCAACCACUCCAUAUCCUGGUGGAUUUAAAUGUUUCACCUGCGAAAAGGCAGCAGACAAUUAUGAAUGCAACCGAUGGGCUCCUGACAUCUACUGUCCUCGAGACACCAGAUACUGCUACACUCAGCACACCAUGGAAGUCACAGGAAACAGCAUCUCUGUCACCAAACGCUGUGUCCCCCUGGAGGACUGCUUAUCCACGGGCUGUCGAGACUCAGAGCGUGAAGGCCACAAGAUCUGCACCUCCUGCUGCGAAGGAAAUAUCUGCAAUCUACCGCUCCCUCGAAAUGAAACUGAUGCCACAUUUGCCACAACGUCACCUAUAAAUCAGACAAAUGGGCACCCACACUGUGUGUCAGUGAUUGUGUCCUGCUUGUGGGUGUGGCUAGGGCUCACCUUGUAGCAGCACUCUCUACCAAAUGUAGUCGAGCUCCGUGGGUUCCCCUGUGGCCCAUAGUCAUGCAUGAGUCAUUGGCCUGGCAGUAGUGACACAGUGCAACCACAGCACCCCGGGACAUUGUCACAGCCGGGCAUUCCCAUUCCCACGAAGAACAAGCAUUGCUUCAGUGCCGUCAUCUUCAGCCUAACCAAGACCCCAUCUCAGUCAGCCUGUCCCUCAUACGGACCCUGAUUUCUAUACCACAAGCCUGUGAUGUUGCUCCAAGAAAGAGUUCUGCGUUUAUCGAUGUCCGCGGAAUCAUUCAUGAGCUGCCGGAGAUCCUGCACCCUCUGAGAUGUGAGAAAUAAGCCAUGGAUGCAGGAGGUGUUCGUUUUUUUCAGGAGGAGAGUAAAGAACCACUGGCUUAAUGCAAAUCACAGCUUCACCCAUGGCUUUAGAAUUUUAAAACUUUAAAUCCAAAAUAAAUGGAAUAAUUUCUUUGAGAUUCUGAUGGAGUCCCUGAAAGAGCAGCAAGUACUUUGCUCAAUUUAAUUUCCCUGGCUUUCUUAUCUUAACAUAGUGGAAACAUGUUCCUUCCGCUCUUGGUAGAAGACAAAAAAAGGCAAUUAUAAAAGUUGGUUGUAUUUGCAGAAGUGAUGGGAGAAAGAUUUCAUGAUGAAAUUAGCAUCCAUGAGAGGAAGUUUCUCCCUUCUUAGAACUGGAGAGCUUGGUCUUGAUGUGAGAACUAAUCUGGUUUCUGGAGUUCCUGGUUCCCACCUGGGCCAGUAGCAUCUACAGAGUCUUAAAGUAGGGUGGGAUUCCUUUCUCUGGGUGUUGCAUUCCAUUCAAAUAUAGAUAAACUAGUCAGCGAAAGGACUUCAGAAUAAAAGGAAGCUUUGUGGAGGUUAGUCCUAGAGUUCAUUUAGAAGGCCCGGAAAUGGCUAAGCAAAAUUCUUCCACUGUCCAUAGUAUUAACUGCCAAAGAGCCCUCUCCUUCCAAAACCAAGUGACUUUAGGGAGAAAGUUCCUAACUGGAUCAUCAGUAAGUCAAUAAGAUAAGAAUACAUAUGUGCUAGGAUGGGAAGAAGAUGGAUUGUAAGUAGUAUGGUGGCCUAAGGGGUAGUAUUUGUUUCUCUCAGAUACUUCUUUUGAAGUAAAAAAGAUUUUCAUCAUCUGUCAUGUAUUUUUUUAACCUAAAAAUUGCAUUGUUUUCUUCUUCCUCAUAAAUUCUUUAAAUGACACUUAUUUUUGUAUGCUAGACACUAAAAUAUAUUUCAAAAAUUUCUUUUUUUUCUGAACAAAAUAUGAAAUUUGAGUGCUUGUUUUCAACAGUACUAGAGCUUAUCAGUAUUCAUGGAGAGGUAUCUAUGAUCCUUGUACUGAUGUUGAAAAGUUAAUUUGCUGCGAGCAUGAGUUAUGUUCUUGCUUCAAGGGUUUUGCUCACGGUUUCCUCAGAAGCAUUGUCUCAGAACUAUUUACGCGGAGACCGUCAUGGCCCGAGUAUCUGUGCUGGGCUGUGUUGAUAUGGAACUUGGAGCAAUGCCUGGAUGAAGAGCACGGCAUUGUUCAGAUAUAGCUGUCCUGCACAGAGAACUUGAGCUCAUAAAAUGAGACCUCCCCUCAGGGACCAAAUAUGAACCCACAGCAGAAACUCUGAUACAAGACACUGAAGUUGCAUCACACAGCCUUAAUUCAGAGUUUGGCAGGCUUAUCAAUUUCUUGCUUAUAAUUGGGGGUGGAAGAGCAGGAAAAAGGGGACGUGUAAUAAGCACGUGCCAGGCACUUUGCUAAGCACUUUACAUAGUUGGGCCAUAUAACCCUACAGCAAUUCUGUAAGGAACAGUGCAUAUGUAUGCUUUACAAAUGAAGGUCCUGAGGCUCAGAGAUGUUUGAUAGAUGAAGCCUUUUCCUUCAGAUUUAGUGUAUGUGGGAUGUGACAGGUUUGAACAGAAAAGGAAGUGGAAUUUCUCUGCUAGGAAAACUUACAGGCCUGACUUCAUAGGAAUUUGCCCAUCUUAUCCCAUAGAGCACAUCCUGCUUCUCAGGAUGACAUUUGCAUGUGUCCCCAGUUGAUGCUUUUUCUUUGGGGAGUAAAGUUAGGGCUUCCUUAUUUAUCCCUCUUGUGAAAAGAGGAGACAGUUGAACUUGCAUCUAAAGAUGCUUUAAGGUAAUGGGAAUUUGAUGUUGUACAUAGCUACAAGUACCAUUUUUGUGCAUGGUCACACUCCACUGACAUUUUCCAAGUGCUGCAUGCAGUCUGAACAAGAGACAAGGAACUGACCACAUUAGAGCCUCCCUGGCUGGUUUACAGGGAUAAGGUUCUCAAGGGGGAUAAUGGCAGCAACUGUACACAUGUGCUGCGCAUAUCCCUAAUGCCUUUCAAAGUUGCUUUUGUUUAAUUCUCUUCAAAGAAUGUGAUUUCCUCACCACCCCUAGCCUCAAAAGCCAAGGAGGGGCCAUCCAUGUAGAAGAUUCAGGACAAGUUAGCCAUCUGACUAUUCUGUCACUUUAAACUUUCCAUUAAACCUCACCAUUGGUGAUGGCUUAACAUGCAAAGAGCCAUGAUACAUAUAUUAACCUAUGUGCCACAUAUUUAUUUUUAAACUCCCUUCUACAUCCAUGUCAAUAUGGGAUUAAUGCCUAAAUGUAAAUAUUGUAUACUUUGUAAAUCAAUGAAUAAAGAUUUUAAGUGUG